GCCAGUUUAGAAUCACUGCAGGCGAGAUAUUGUGACCCAUUUACGUACAGUUGAAAUUGGAAACGAGGACAAACGGGAGAACACAAUUCACACCUAAUGAGCCUCGCUACAUCUGCUGCUACAGAGCCGAUUUCCUUUAAACGAGUCUUUUUUUUAAUCAAUUGACAUGAACUAUAUUCAGCACAUUGAAGAAAGGAUCCGUGCGGGGCUGACUUCCCUUAAUGUCACGAUAUUGAAAAUAUACUUAAACCACUUCUGCCGUUGCUGCUGCUAGUGGUUUUAACCAUUUUAGUCGUAAAUUUGCUGAACACUGCGGUUUGUCUUUCUCCUAGCUACCUCUACGCAGAUAAACCUCGUCUACAGCUGUCUUUUAGUCAAACUGCUGUCUGAGUGAAAUGGAACAGUCCUGUUUUAAAGAGACAUAUUUGAAGAUUGGAACUUUGCUUGUAUUUUCGUUGAUUUUCUCAUUGGAUUCAUGCACUGCUCAAAGACAAGUGAAAUUACAAGAAGGGCCCCUAGUCCGGGCUGAGGGUCACCACAUCACAAUUCAAUGUGAUGUGAGCGGGUAUCAGGGAUCACCAGUGCAGAACUUUGAGUGGUCCAUCUUUCGUCCAGAUAAGCCUACACUGAAAAUCCAGAUUAUCAGCUCAAAUGAUCCUGAGUUCCCUUAUGCUGUGUUUGGAGAAAGAGUGCAAAAGGAUGAGAUCUAUAUCGAAAGGAUUAAAGGAGACUCUGUGUUGUUACACAUUACAAAGCUGCAGAAAAGUGAUGAAGGCACGUAUGAGUGUGCCACUCCCAGUACAGACAAUGCAUACUGGGGGUCCUACAGUGCCAUGAUGAACUUGACAGUCGUUCCAGACACACUUCGUGCAACAUUGGCACCCCAAACCCUGGAUAAAGUUGAAGGUGACUCCCUGAAACUGAUCUGUGAAGUAUCCAAAGAAACAUCACAGCACACACACGUGGCUGUCACAUGGUACAUACAGAAGGGAGAUCAGAAACUCACGGUCAUCUCUCUAACAAGAGAUUUCAUCAUACGUUCUGGAGAUUCAUAUAAGCAGAGAGAGGCAGCAGGAGAUGUACAACUGGAUAAGAUUGGUGUGACUUCAUUCAAACUCACCAUCUCCAAACUACAGCUGUCAGAUCAAGGAGAUUAUUAUUGUGAAGGUGCAGAGUGGAUUCAAGACUUAGACAAAUCCUGGAAUGGCCUGUCUAGUAAAAAUACUGAAAGUACCACAGUGAAUGUUAAGAGCAUAGGUAACCAGUUUCUUGCUCUGAUUAAAGCCACUGAAGUCAACGUUAAUGUAGGUGGCACAUUGGAAAUAAUCUGCACAGUAGAAGCUCAGAAUUUCCCAGAUCGUUUCUUCUCUGUUGCCUGGUUCUUAAACAACAGAGAAAUAAUCCGUUUUGGACCAAAUGCAGUACCAUCCUUUCACGGGGAAUAUAAAAUGAGAGAGAGCUUGGGAAAGGUGAUGGUCCAUAAGAAAAGUGACAGGGUUUAUGUUCUGAAAAUAUAUCAGAUUCAAGUGGAAGAUGGUGGCACAUAUCACUGUCAGGUGGAGGAGAAUGAGAAAAUAUCAUCUGCAGCAUUCUCAACUAAUAAAUCCAACGAGAUCACAAUCACUGUGCAACGACCACAAGCCAACCUCAAAGUAUUAAUCAACAGUAGUACGACUGAAGUUUUGGAAGGUGAUUCCAUUCAGUUUGCCUGUGAUAUUCAUUUAGCAAGUGCAGCUUAUGGACAGCUCUCUAUUACCUGGCAAAUCAUAAACAACCAGAACCAAAACAGUGACGUCAUUGGAAUGAACCGAGAUGGUAUUCAGGUUACUUACCAGCCUUACCAGGAGCGUGUAAUCAACAGUGACAUCAGAAUGGCACGAGUGAAAUCAAAUACCUUCACAUUGGGCAUUUAUAAUGCCCAGCCUUCAGAUCAAGGACACUAUGCUUGCAACGUGAUGGAAUGGGAAGUAGAAUCUGAUGGAAACUGGCACCUAAUUGGAGAAUAUGUUAGCGACAAGAGGGCAGUAACUAUCAAAUCCCUUGAAAGCAACUUUAAGGUUACCGCAAUCACCCGGACACCAACUGUGAAAUACUAUGGUACAUUUGAACUCCAGUGUAUCAUUAGGCCGAUAGAUAUUACCCAUGUGCCAGCAUCUGUAUCCUGGAAAUUCCAACCAGCCAAUUCUAAUGACAGUUACAACCUUGUAACUUUCACCCAUGAUACUGCGAUUAAGUGGGGGAACAAAGCAGAGAACUUCAAAGGAAAAAUGAUUAUAGUGAAAUCUGUGUCCAAUGCUGUCCGGUUGAGUGUUUCAAGGGCCAGUAAAUUGGAAGCUGGGAAGUUUCUAUGUAUUGCAGAAUUAUGGGGAAGGCAUAAUCCAAACAAAUGGGUCAAAAAAGCCAGUGCAACAUCAAACAUCCUGGAAGUAAAGGUUGGACCCCCAGCUUGUCUCUUGCAGCUUACUAAGCAAGUUACCACAAUAUAUAAAAGAAUCAAUGACAUCACUGAACUUGAAUGUAAAAUUUUAGCUCGAACUCAAAACGAUUCCCAAUUCUCAGUCACGUGGCUCUUCAGUAAGACACAGGGACCAAACGUGAAAGGGGAAAAUCUUCUGAACAUUGAUCGCAACAGUAUUGUCCGGUACUAUGGAGAAUUGCUUACUAAUUCUCAGAAGAAAAUGAAAUUUCAGGAUGAGAAGCCCUCUAGUGAUGUGUACAAGUUGAUGAUACAGAAAACUGAUGUAAAUGACAGUGGGAAUUACUACUGUCACGUAACAGAGUGGCUCUUGGAUCCCAACAACAUCUGGUAUAAAGUGGGAGAGGAUACAUCAGCAAUGACAAUUGUCCAAGUGCGUACAGCAGAUGCAAACCUACAAAUCAGUAACAAUAACACAACUCUCUCAAGUAAUGAGAAUGCUGCUGUGGAACUUGAAUGCCAGAUCAUUAACCAGACACAGAGACAAUCACAAUUUUCAGUCACAUGGUACUUCCAAGAUGAUAAUCCAAAUACCAAGGAGACAGCACUUCUCAAAACUGAUCGAAAUAAUAUCCUGCAAUACUUUGGAGAUCUGCAGAUAGAUCCUCAGAAAAUGAUGAAAUUCCAAAGUGUGAAGGCCUCCAGUAACACCUACAAAUUGAUAAUACAGAAGGCAGCGCAGAGUGACAGUGGUGUUUACUUCUGCGAUGUGGAAGAAUGGGUCUCUAGCACCCAGAACGAAUGGGUUAUACAAGGACAUGCUCGCUCUGGAUCAAUAAUUCUUCAAGUUGAGACACCAGGUGCUACUCUUCACUCAAAGGCUUGUGCAUCGCCAUCUCUCUUCUACUUCAUAUUUAUCUAUCCAUUUAUAGUCAUUAUAGCUCUUAUCAUCGUUGCAUUUUAUUUUUAUUUGAGGCCAAAGAAACCGCAGAAACCUAUUAAUGAAAAGAGCUUUUGGACACCGAUAGAAACAUUCAUUGACGAUCCUAAGAGUGAAGAAGAAGAAAAUGUAAAAUAGCACUUCAAUUUUUUAUCUUUGCAACUCUCUAUUGUUGCUAUGGGAACUGUGUCGUAAGUGGCAGCAAGAUAUCACUUGUGGGGAAAUAUUCAUAGUGGUGCCAGCCAAACAGAACAUUAAUUUUCAUUUUCCUAUAAACUAGAAUUGAUAAACUUUGAAAUCACAAGCUUUCAUAGCAUAGCCCCUUCGUCAGAUGAAGAAGGGACUAUGCUCUGAAAACUUGUGAUUUCAAAUAAACCGUUGGACUAUAACUUGGUAUUGUUUGACUUCUGACUUUGUCCAUCGCAGUCCAACACCGGCAUCUCCACAUCGUUGAUAAACUUUGCUGAACAAGAAAUGUAUAAAUAUGUUUUCAUUAGUUUUGCUGUAAUUUGCGAGGAAAGCCAGCUUGUCUUCUGCUUCAAACAACUUCACUUCAUUCUUUGUACCACUUCAUAUUAUUGCAAUCAUUUAAGAUUUCGGAACCUUCUUGUACUUUUCAGUACUUAAGAUGCACAUCAAUAGUUUUUUCAUGAAGAUUUUGUUUUCAACCCUUUCCAUGUGUUGAAAUUAUUGCAUCCAAUGCCCCAAAUCUAGAGCACCUGUAAGUUUAAAAAUAACAAAAUAAGCAGAGUAUUAUAUUCUAAAAGCCUAACAGGCCAAGCCCUGGAAAGCAAUGUGAUGCUUUCAUAGAAUUUGUGCUCAGGAUCGGACUUGUCAAAACUGCUAUACUAAAUUGCUGCAUCAGCAGAGAAGAAUUAGUUAUUCAGUAUCUGGAAAGUGCAUUGUCGGGGACACCGUAUAUUUAGUGGUUAUUUUGUCACUAGGAUACAAAGUAUUUGUCCAAACCUUGAAGAUAAUGCAGAGCUGUUUACUCUCACUGCAGUGUGAGACUAGAUUCAUUUUUAUUUGUUCAGUCUUAAAAUGAGGUGGCUGAAACACACCUCAUUGAAAUACAUAAGAGAGUGAAAAGUCUGGGAAAGGUACAAUGAAAGCAUAUCAUUCAAAUCUCAACGAUGCCAAUAACAAUAAGGAAGAGAAAUGCCUAAAUGAUUAUUGAAAUGUUUGGAAGUUCUUUAUGCAAAAAAUAGUCAGUGUUGGUAAUGUAACUUAGAGUGCUGGUUUAAUGCUGAAAUAAGGAAUGGUGAUAGUGGGGCCCUAAACGGACUAUUGGAGAUGGGUGAAAUAACUUUCACCAGUCGAAUAUAGCCUGUGACCCCAGACAUAUUAAUUAUGUUAGCAGAUAGGAAAGAAGCAAUUUAAAAUUUAUUUCUGAAAGAUACUAUCAGAACAUGGCAGGAGACAAGACUUUUGAAAAUAUACAUCACGCUAAAGGCCUUAAAUGUGUUGUGAUGAGGGGCAGGAUGGCUCAGUUAUUCAAGAAAUUGUAGUCCAGAGCCAGCCUUUACUGAGACAGUAUUACAUGUGACAGUUUGUAUAUGUGUGCAGUUGGAGACAGAAUGUUUAUAAGCUUUUCUGAUGGCAUUUAUUUUUCCAUGCAUGAGGAAGCAGAUUUUUAAAAAAUAAAUCUUAUUUUAGGGGAAUAUGGUAAUAAGGAAGGGAUUCUGAUUUUUUUUAAGGUUUAUACCAGACGUAAAAAGGGGGAUAUCGAAGAGUUUUGUUUUUUCGUUUACAUUGUUUUCAGUAGCUUUUUAAUGUUUAUACCUUUUUUGGCAAUGUUUAGUAUUAUUACAAUUGGGGAAUUUUUGUGCGUAGUGAGGUAUAUUGCGUGCAGAAUGAUCAAACAUUUAAGUAAAGUUCAACCAGCCUCCAGAAUUCAGCGAAACAAGAAGAUUAAACAAUGGGGUAGGAAAAAGAGUUUGAAACAUUUGUUGCAGUUCACGAGUUGCAAGGUUAUAGACUCCUCUGCCAGCUUCCAUACCAAAGCAAAACAAAUUAUUGACAAUUGCUUUUUAAAAACUCCAAAGAACUAUUUUAGUGCUCUAAGAUGAAAGAAGGCAUAUCAAGGAAGUCUAUAUCAGCUGGCAUUAGAAUGCUAAGGUCCCAACAGCAGUCAUUACUGGGAAGUAAAGGCCAACUAGUUUUAUUGCUAGACUAUUAAUCCAGAUACCCAGGAAAUGACCUGGAUUGUUGGAUCAAAUCACACCAUUGCAGAUGGUGGAAUUUGAAUUAAAAAAAAAAAGAAAAUUAUGAAAUUAGAAGUCUAACUAUCAAUUGUUGGAAAGACCUAUCUGUUCCACUAAUGUCUUUUGAGGAAGGUAACUGCCAUUCUUGUCUAGUCUGAACCCCAGACCCACAGUAAUAUAGUUGACUCUUAAGUGUCCUCUGAGCAAUUAUAAAGGGUAAAUAAAUGCUGGCUUAGCCAGCGAUGCCCACAUCCUGAGAAUGAAAAAAAAAGAAUGUGUGGACAACCAUAUGUGGACAUGGCACAACUGAGGACCACUGCCUGUUCAGGUUUCUAAUUGGCAGAAAGAAAGUUUCAAAAGUAUGCCAUCUGAUAGAAGAUGUCUACAGCCAAUCAAAAUAACUAAUGGUAGUUUAGAUCACAUCACCCUCCAGUUCCUUUACGUCUGUCUCUUUCCAAUCUGGCAAUGGAAACAUCUACAGUUUCCAGCUCUUCCUGCAGCACUUUGGACAGUGGGUGAAAAUAGAUUAGAUAUAACUGCAAUGCCUUUGGUCAAACAGUCCGCUGACACUUGUCCUCCUGUUUCAUUCAGAAAGAAUAACAACAUCAAAUAGAUAUCAGAGGGUUGCAACAGUUGAAACAGAGCACAGAUUUUGACUUAGUCUAUCCAUUGGGAAAGCAACAGUAGCUCCAUUGCUGCUGAGACCUAACCUGGCUCGACUUUUUCUUCACAACUAAGCAAAUCCCAAUUUAAAAAUUUAAUGUACAAAUGGGCAGAGUUGGACCUGGUCCCCUUGGAACUGGUGAAUUUUAACAGGGUAUUAACCAUUUAAGGUACGUGUCUCGAAUUGGUCAAAGCCUUUUGCUGGUAGUUAAAGCUAGUCCUUUAUGUCUGCAAAAGACAGUGUUGACAGAAGAAAUGGAAAAUUAAAAUAGUAAUUAUCUAGGGGAUUAUGUUCCAUUAAAUAAUCUCUAGAUGUUGCCAUUUUUGAUUGGCUUUAUAUGACUAAGAUUUGUUUUUUAUAUAUUAUAUAUGCAUAUGGAGUAACCGCCUUAUGCUGGCAAGUUAAUUCUUAAUAGGUCCAUUUUGUACAGCUUCUAAUUUAAAAUUUCACAAACAUUCUUUAUGUUUUCUAUGAAUAAAUGUUGAAAAUUCUAUCUUACAAAGUUAAAGUGAAAAUGAGAGGGUGUUUGAUUACUGUCAGAUUUUUCAGAGGAUGGCAAGUGAGAAGGUACACGUCAGCAAAAUGGAGCAUCAUUCCAAUUUUGAUUCUGAUUGGGUACAGCUACUCUUGGUGAAAUCUGCCUCAUUCUACAAGGGAAAAGUACACUGAGUUUGCAGAAUGACUGACUAUAUUCAAGUACUUUAUUUAAACAAUGGCAAGCUGAAAUGUUGCAAUGCCAUCAACUGUUAGUAAAUCCCUUAAAGUCAAUAAAGGCUACAAAUUACAUUUCCAAAA